UGAUUAGUCAUGUACUUGAACGCUUCUGUGACAUGUAACAUCCACUGACCUUCCAAAUUGGUCAAUUGCCACGUCUCAGCGCAUAUACGAAGUCCAAGUGCUGUACAAUAUACCGCGCGGGGCCUGGGCGGCCCGCCCAUGACAGACCCCCACUAACACCACUAUUGUAAGCCCAACCAUCACUUCAACGUUUCUCAAACACCAUGAUAUCUGACCCUAAGACAAUUCUAUGAGUUUCGAAAUAGUCAGUCGGUUUAAGUACUCGUUCAAUCUUGAAACAAUUCAUGGUCGAAACAUUUUCCGUUUCAGGUAUCUCCAGACCACAUCUUUCCAAAGUCCGGAAGCGAAGGAAGAGCAAGUCAGCACUAGUAUCACGUAUCACGACAACGAGAUCUUUUCAACGGCCGCUGAGAGACGUACGUUGAGACAACAUUGGAUCUACUUUGCGAUAGGCUUUCGUUGGGAGAAUUGAAGCCGAGGUCUGGUUCCCUUAUUCGAAUGUCCUGACGGCCAGCUGGUUGUGCUACUUUGACGGACGGGUACAGCUCGUCAUGUGGAUAUGUGGAACAAGCGGCGAAAGAUAUGAGAAACUUUCGACUACCUCUCCCGAGGUAGAGAACUCGUUAGAUGAAGAUGGGGCAAUAUCUGCAGUUGAUGGACGACCAGCUGUCAGUCGAUUGUACUUACUAUGCUUAACGAUAAGCAUGGGAGGAUUACAAGUAGUAUGGGCAACCGUUAUGGCCGAAGGCUCCACAUUCCUACUGUCUCUCGGUAUCCAACCCUAUCUCGUCUCCCUGGUGUGGCUCGCUGGUCCCAUCUGCGGAACCGUCCUCCAACCGUACAUCGGGUACAAAAGCGAUUUCUGCACCCACCCCUGGGGCCGCCGUCGCCCUUUCAUGAUCUAUGGAACAGCCGCCACAAUAUUCUGUAUCAAUCUUCUCGCUUGGACGAGCGAGAUAGUACGAUCAUUCGCUUACCUACUAGGUUUCAACGCCGACGCAGGUGCCGCGCACAUCACGAUCCAGAUCUUUGCUGUGGUAGGCAUCUGGGCGUUGAAUAUAGCAAUCCAGCCUGUACAGACUAGUAUCCGUGCUUUGAUUGUCGAUUCCUGUCCUGGUGACCAGGCCGUUCAGGCGAAUUCGUUUGCGAGUACGGCUGUUAUUGUGGGAAGUGCGAUUGGGUAUGGGUGUGGUGUUGUGGGUAUGCCGAGGAUGGCAAGCUGGGUUGAGAAUUCGGAGUUUAAAGGGCUGUGUCUGAUUGCUUCGGUGGCCUUAGGGAUGACGGUUGCGGUUACGGCGGUGGUGAUUGAGGAGAGGAGGUUUGAAGGUGGGGAUGAAGGUAUUGGAAGAGAGAAGUUUGGGGUGAGGGGUGUUUGGAAGGAGAUAUUUGAGGCGAUUAGGGAAUUGCCGCCGACGAUUAGAAGGGUAUGUGUAGUACAGUUCUUUGCGUGGUUGGCGUGGUUUCCGUUUUUGUUUAACAUUGUUGUGUAUCUGAGUAAGCUGUACGGCUAUCAAAUUCUUUCCGAGAGUACGGGAUCAUCGUCGACGAUUUACAUUGAAGCUGUUGGUGUACAGUCCACUCAACACGCUAUCAUGGCCAUGCUGCUUUUCUCCAUUGUAGCACUCAUGGCAAAUCUCUUAUUACCGCAUCUGAUAUCCAUCCCUCAAUGCAGGAAGACAUCUCCUAGGAAUUGCUUAUCAUGGCCCACUCUUCCACGAGUAUGGAUGUGCUCGCAUAUCUUGACAUCAAUAUGUCUCUUUGGCGCCACAAUCGGAGACUGCUUCAUGUCCUCAGUCGUCUUCGUAUCUCUCCUCGGAAUCUCUUGGGCACUUACACAAUGGGCACCAUUUGCCAUAAUCACCGCCGAAAUAGCUCAUAGCUCCAGCGUCGAACAUGCCAAUAAAAUGGAGCUUUCCAUCUAUCCUUCAUCCUCUUCCUCCUCACCCACGGAGCACGACGAAGAGAUCCAACAUCUAACUGGACCCGACACAUUUAAGUGUCCAAAAAUCAGAUCUAGAGCCGGAACGACAAUGGGGGUACAUAAUAUAGCUAUUGCUAUGCCGCAGAUGCUUUCAGCGGUCUUGAAUAGUGCUAUUUUCUGGAGCUGUAGGCAGCUUGGUGUUGAUGAUCGGGAGGCGAUGGCUUGGGUUUUGAGGAUGGGUGUUUUGGUAGCGUUGGGUGCAGCGUGUGCAGCGAGAGAAAUUCGGUAGCGAUACAAGGUAAACAAUCAAUAUAAUGCUAGUAAUUGUUCACAACACCGAGUUUGACCCAGUGAUUGAUGGCAUGGUCGUCUUUUGAGUUCGUUUAGAGCUCGCUUGAGAGAUCCGGAAGUCAAUUGGUACAAAGGAGCCGAAACCAAUACUAUGAAAGCAAUUUAACAACCAACUGGUUCAAGCAUACUGUAAAAACGUCGUAGGGAGCUUGCUCGUUAGUAGAGUGACGGUAGUAGUGGCAAGUCGCGAUCUGAUAGCUGCCUUCUGCUGGCUCGGAUGCGAGAACACAGCAAUCUCUGUGCUGUACUUAAUUGAGUCCUCGCGGCUCUGAAGAUCCACAAAGAUGUUCCCCAAGCAUAUAUGGAUGCAUAUGGGUAAAGACUUGGGUAAUGGAAAUCAUAAAAGCAGUACCACGUGACUCUC